AUGCUGCGCCGUGCCUGGCCGGGAGCGCCUUUAAAGAAGGGUCGCUCGCCAUCGCUCGGAUCCGCUCUCCCCUCCCAAAUUUCCAUUCCAUCCGGAUACCAGUUCAUUCUCGGACCCGCACCAACCCCGCAUCCCCGCCCCCAACCCCGGCUCCCGCUUAGCUCGUGGGCCGAGCUUUGCGGACUUCAACGAUUGGCGCCGUCGUCAACAGCAUCGCACGCCUCCCACGGGCCCUGGCCCCGCAGCAUCAUCGUUGCGCUCGCCACCGACCGUGUGCGGAGCGAUCGCAAGACGCACGGCGCCUCGGCCAUCGCUGACGAGGACGACGCCGGGAAUUGA